CUGAAACUAAUUCUAUUGCAAGCAUUUGCACGCAGUGUCCAGCCAUGUCGUGCAAAGAAUCUACUGACAACGGAUUUCAGCGAUGAAGUCGACAAAGAUGUCCAGUCGUUUUCAAGAGAUGCUUUGUGGAGAUGAGGGAGAUGAUUUCGUUUGUGGAUACCCUAUGUACACCGACAGCAAAACUGCAGAGCCUUACGUCCUGGAGCUGUACCGUGCACAUGGCGCAGCUGCAAAGGAUUUGAUCUCCAACCGGCUUCGGCACAAUGCCCUGACCAUCCUCAGGCAUAUGGUCCGAAAGAAGGCCAAGCCAGACAUGAUGCACUACCCCUUGCCAAUACAGGCAGUGGCACCGCUGAUGGCUUUGACAUGGCGCAGCCGCCGCAGCCAAUGGCACCGAUUUCUCUGACAGAA